UGUCAUUUGGCAUAACCAAGGAGUCAAGCACAUUCAAACAUUCUCAAGCCCUAAAACCCAAAAAAAUUCAUAUGCUCUUUGUUCUCCUCUACAAAUUAAACCAUAAUUAACUAUCUCUUUUGUUUGUAUACUGUUCUAAAUCUCCUGAUCACCUUCUUGUUUUCUUGCAAGGUUUUAUCAACAAAACACCAAAACCCAGUUCUUGUUCUUUAGCGUUUACAUAAAAAAGUAUGCAUAUGAUUCCAGGAGAUCCGUUUUCUGUAUCAUCUUCCAUGGGAGGGUUUGUCCAUCAAGAACAGCACCUUCAUCAUCUUCAGCAGCAUAUGCCUGACAUUAAUCCUAAUUCUAACCCAAACCCUGAUGCUAAACCAAAUUCGUCAUCAGCCAAGAAGAAGAGAAAUCAACCUGGCACCCCAGAUCCAGAUGCGGAUGUCAUCGCUCUAUCGCCAACAACCCUCAUGGCGACAAACAGAUUCGUCUGCGAGAUCUGCAACAAAGGGUUUCAAAGGGACCAAAACUUACAACUCCAUCGCCGUGGCCACAACCUUCCAUGGAAGCUGAAGCAACGGUCCAACAAAGAGGUGAUAAAGAAGAAAGUAUACAUAUGUCCUAUCAAAACUUGUGUUCACCAUGAUGCCUCUAGAGCCCUUGGUGACCUCACUGGGAUAAAGAAACACUAUAGCCGCAAGCAUGGCGAAAAGAAGUUUAAGUGCGAAAAAUGUUCUAAGAAAUAUGCUGUUCAAUCUGAUUGGAAGGCUCAUGCCAAAACUUGUGGCACUCGUGAGUAUAAGUGCGACUGUGGCACGUUGUUCUCCAGGAAAGAUAGUUUCAUCACGCAUAGAGCGUUCUGCGACGCAUUGACAGAAGAAGGUGCGAGAAUGAGUUCACUUAGUCAUCCGCUGAUCUCUACUACAACAAAUCUUAAUUUUGGAAAUGAUUCACAUGUUAUGAAUAAUCCAAACCUUCCUCAUGGAUUUGUCCACCGAGGAGUUCAUCAUCCCGACAUUAACGCUGCUAUCUCUCAAUUCGGUUUAGGGUUCGGACAUGACCUAAAUGCAAUGCAUGCACAAGGUUUAUCCGAGAUGGUGCAAAUGGCCCCCGCCGGGAGCCACCACCUCUUCCCUGAUUUCUCCGGCCAACACCACAACCAACAAUUCCAAAUUACCAUGACUUCCACAAACCCUAAUCUCACGUUAUCAUCAUCACAACAAACCUCAGCUUCACUCCCAUCACUACAACAACAACACCAAAACCUGAAAGACACUUCUUUCUCCCCAAUCUUCUCCUCCUCCUCCGAAUGCAAACAAAACAAGUCUCUCUCUCCAAUGUCUGCCACUGCACUCUUACAAAAAGCUGCACAAAUGGGAUCCACUAGAAGCAACUCUACCAACGCUCCUUCCAUCUUCGCUGGCGCAACAAUGACUUCAUCUUCAUCCGCCGCUUCUCAUCCUCCUCCUCGUUCAUCUUCUCCAAUGAUGAUCCAACAACAACUCAACAACAACUUCAACACCAAUGUCUCAAGGGAGAACCAGAAUCUUGCUCCUCCUAAUAGUGGUGUAACCACGAGUAGUGUGGCUAAAAAUAAUCAAUUUCAAACAAAUGGGUCAGGUCUAAACCCGGCUCAACAGAUGGGGUUGACCCGGGACUUUCUUGGAGUGAGCAACGAGCAUCACCCUCACCGAACGGGUCAUCGUCCUUCACAAGAACUCGCAAGGUUUUCUCCAUUAGGUUGAUCGAUUGUCUGCAUUAAUAAGAUCCGAUGUAACUACAUAAUGUGGACCACAGAUCAAGAUAGAAAUAUGGGGGGGGGGGGCAACUUUUUGGGUUUAGGAUUGGAAAUUUCUUCGAGGAGACGUCUAAGAACUACCCCUUGUAAGAGUACGUUUAUUGU